AUGAACAUUGUCGAAAAGAUCAAACACGACAUCAGUGGCGUUGAAGAUGCUUUGCAGAAUGCAAAGUCUAGGAGAGAUGUGUUAUGCUCAGUGUUACACCAAGAAGCUAAUCAGCUCAACUUGACUCUGCGCCGUGCCAUUAGGAAUGCGAACUCUAUCAUAGAACGAAUUGAAGACAUUCAACGAUACUCCGACUCCACGCAACCUUUAGGACGAAUCCCGCCUAUAUAUCCCUCACAUCUUAACUUGAUAUCUCGAUUGAAGAAGGCAGUGUGCUCGGCGUCGUCCAAUCUGCUGGUAUUGAUCAAUGCGGAGCCUUUGAAGUUGACCAGCGAUUCCGCAAUCUUGACAUUGCUAUUGCGCAUGCAUGAAUUUCCUACAAAUCCAUCAUGUUGGGACCGCGAUACCAUUUUGACUCAAGCCCUAGACUUGACCAAAAUAGGCUUGAAAACCGUGCAGGUAUUGAGAGAAUAUCGGCUAAGCAACACAUCGACUGAUGAACCUAGUUGUAUCACACCUCCCUGCAACGCACCCGAGAAGUCUGAAAUAACUUAUACUAAUUAUUAUGGGGACUCUUCAAGAAAAGCCUGGGCAGCCAUAGAUUCAUUCGAGCAAGAAGGGAACAAGAGAUUGGAAGACACACAGGAGACUCUGAACUGCCUUCAAACAAGAAUCAAAGACCACGAAGAGAUUUUAUCAGCUUUGAACGUUCUUGUCGAAGACGUGGCUGAUCGCGUAUAUAAUAUGAGCUCUAGGGACAGACCGAAUACGGACGUGUCAUAUUAUCACGACCCAGCAAUAGUGCAAGGUUUCAAUCACACGAUCUCUCUCAACAGCUUGUGGAUGAUGGUAAGCUGUAUGAUGGUUGGUGAUCAAUCCUUGAAUCCCAGCUUGUCAACACUUCAACGCUGCUUUGACUGUUUCCAAGUCAAUAAGGAUCCCAUCUGGGGAAUUCAACUCACCGAAAAUGCGAACAUUAGUUACUUAUUAGACUGCCAAGGCAUCUCAUCUUAUCCAGACUCACCACCAUCGCAAACUAUACAUCUUGCUCCUUGUCCUUGGAAGCCACCACAUUCGUCAGGCAUACCUAGUGACAUCCCCCUUCCUGUUUCCCGCGCCCCCGCCCCUGAUCUUCUGCAUCUUGAACCUCCCUCUCCGCGGUCCGAGAUGUUCCACUCCAGUUCGCUUUCGGAAGGUUUGAUAAUGAACAAGCUUGAGGCUAACAAUCUUGGCUAUGAUUAUCUUUCGUCGAACCCUGCAAAGCGCAGUCAAGAUGACCACCCCACCCAGCAUCGUACUCUGCUUCAAGAAUUUGCCUUGAUCCAGUCUCAUCGCAAUUCCCAGCCCAGCCCCGACUCUGAUCUUUCCGGUUUGGGUUUAAAGCUCGAAACCAAAGCAGCAACCUUUCUGGCUGGACUCGAAGAUCUCGAGCCAUUCGGUCAAUGUAACGAUAAGACAGGCGCUACUGGAGAUGUGCUACCCCAGAACUCAGUCACUACGACAAAGGCACUCGACAAUUGCUUGAUUCAAAUGACUGAGCAGGACCUACGUCAUCUGGCAAGUGCUAGCAACGUGUAUAUCUCGAAAAGGUUUCGGCUCUCCCUCCCCCAACGGCAAGGAGGUACCAAGGAAAUCUUUGACCUCAUCGUGAACCUCUCGAUGUGCAUUGGUUGGAUAGCCUCAUGUAGACUAGCCUCCUCAUUUCGAACAGGAAGCGCAGGGUCAAUUCGAAAUGCUUAUGGUCGCUCGAUGUCUCGCAUUUCUUCAGUACCGGGAUAUCUCACUCUAAUCCAGAAAGUCUUUGACCUCAUCGUGAACCUUUCAAUGUGCAUUGGUUGGAUAGCCUCAUGUAGACUAGCCUCCUCAUUUCGAACAGGAAGCGCAGGGUCAAUUCGAAAUGCUUAUGGUCGCUCGAUGUCUCGCAUUUCUUCAGUACCGGGAUAUCUCACUCUAAUCCAGAAAGUCUUUGACCUCAUCGUGAACCUUUCAAUGUGCAUUGGUUGGAUAGCCUCAUGUAGACUAGCCUCCUCAUUUCGAACAGGAAGCGCAGGGUCAAUUCGAAAUGCUUAUGGUCACUCGAUGUCUCGCAUUUCUUCAAUAUCGGGAUAUCUCACUCCAAUCCAGAUCGCAGGUUUCAUGCAACAAACUCCAGGAUUGAAACUUCGAAGGCCUCGCUUCUAUCUAUCACUUCUUUGCUUGAUUGUUGUCGCACUUGUAUUCCUGCCGACUAAGCAAACUUCCGACGCAGUUAUGAUGUAUCGCCAGAACAACUACCAGUACAAGCAGAAGUUACGAUUGAGAGAGAAUCAGUUACAGGUACAAGUAAAACUGUAG